UCAGCUAUCUGACGCGUUCAGAAAGCGACAGUUCGAAUCGUCCGAUUCAUUCUAAAGUGGCAGAAAUGUGCCACUGCUGAUGCGGAAACGUCACCAGAAUCGACGAUUAAAUGGAAUUGAACACUCACAAUCAAAUAUGAAUUUUGGUUUUGAAUAGCUAACCUCUUUGACCAUGAAGUUGGUUCAUAAAGACAUCGAGAAGGAUAAUGCCGGUCAGGUGACACUAAUACCUGAGGAAGCAGAGGAUAUGUGGCACACCUACAACCUGCUGCAAGUGGGCGACAGCCUCCAAGCCUCAACCAUAAGGAAAGUGCAGACAGAGUCCUCCACAGGCAGUGUGGGCAGUUCACGUGUGCGCACCACACUGACUUUAUGUGUGGAGACGAUAGACUUUGAUUCCCAGGCCUGUCAGCUCCGAGUCAAAGGAACAAACAUCCAGGAAAACCAGUAUGUGAAGAUGGGUGCCUAUCAUACCAUUGAACUGGAGCUCAACAGGAAGUUCACUCUUGCCAAAAAACUCUGGGACAGCGUGGUUUUAGACAGAAUUGAGCAGGCAUGUGACCCUGCUCAGAAAGCAGAUGUGGCUGCUGUUGUGAUGCAGGAAGGUCUGGCCAAUCUGGUUCUCGUGACGCCAGCCAUGACCUUACUAAGGGCAAAGGUUGAGGUCACCAUCCCCCGCAAGAGGAAAGGCAGUUGUGCUCAACAUGACAAGGCAUUAGAGAGAUUUUACGAGGCUGUCAUGCAGGGCAUUCUUAGACACUUCAGUUUUGAUGUGGUGAAGUGUAUUCUGGUGGCCAGCCCUGGAUUUGUGAAAGAUCAGUUCAUCUCAUACCUGUUUAGAGAGGCUGUGAGGCAAGAUUGUAAAAUUCUCCUGGAGAACAGAUCCAAAUUCAUGGUGGUGCACUCCUCAUCUGGACACAAGUAUUCACUUAAAGAAGUGCUGUGUGAUCCAGCAGUCACCGCCAGAUUGUCAGACACCAAGGCAGCUGGAGAGGUUAAGGCUUUGGAAGACUUUUACAAGAUGCUUCAACAAGAGCCUGAUCGAGCUUUCUAUGGAUUGGCUCAUGUGGAAAGAGCGAGUGAAGCUUUAGCCGUUGACAUCCUGCUGAUCAGUGACAAACUAUUUAGACAUCAAGACAUAGCCACUCGCAGCCGGUAUGUUCGGCUUGUAGACAACGUGAAGGAAAAUGGAGGAAAUGUCAGAAUAUUCUCAAGCCUACACGUAUCUGGAGAACAGUUGAAUCAGUUGAGUGGAGUGGCGGCCAUUCUGAGGUUCCCCAUCCCUGAUGUGUCUGAAGCUGAGGAGGACAGCAGCUCUGAUGAAGACUAACAUUAUGCUCUCAUGCAAAAGGAUUUGAUAUGAAAGAGCGGAAAUGCUUCACAGUUAGGACUAAAUGGAUUGAGACUCUAUUAUGGCCUUAAUAAAGGAUUUGAAAUCAGUUGGAACAUCACAAA